UGCAUAAAGGUCUGAUGCAAAACAGGGUGAAGAAAGCAGAAGGACUCCCCUCAGCUUCAGCGGGUUUUGGGCCAGGCCUCAGGAGUGCAAGAUGAAGGAAAUGAGAAACGUACGUUACAAACAGAGCUAUAAGUGACAAGGCACUAAUCUGCUUCUCCAUCUGCGCCUCACUGAGUGGAGGAUUAGAAGCCUUUGAAUUUGACAGUUUGCCUUUUCAAGGUGUUUUCAGUCUGGCAGAGUACAACAUUUCAAAAUGCUGGAGAUUAUCUGGGUGAUGCUAGAGAUUACGUUUAAUGUGAUUGUGUCUUCAGACAUUCUGCUCCUUCAUUUUAUGAGCUAAAAUAUUUUAUAAAAAUGAAAUCAGAUAUAUUCAUUGAUCUUCAAGUUCACCGUGUCCUGUGAAUUCAGAGAAGACUUUCUGAAGGAGGAAUACAUUCAUCACAUACGUGGACUUCUGUUGUUGCUCAAGGAUACACUUUUUUUUCAUUGUAAAAGGCUAUUUGCAUGAAGAUGAGUCUUCAUUUAAGAUAUGAUCUGUGUGAUUAGGUGAACAAGGAUACUUUUAAUGAAUUACCAACAUCUAUUUCCGUCUGUUUCUCCAGCUUUUGUUUUUUAAUAAAAAUGAAGGACAAGUAUAAAACAGCAGAGCUGAUGUGUUUCUGUGAGGCCUUUAUGUAAGCCUCUGUGUCUGGAUGUGGUGCUAAAGGACAGGCAAUCUGCUUUUGAUCAGCUGAUUGUGACUGCAGAAAGAGAACCUUUAAUUUAAAGUAACUUGCAGCUGUAAUUAUUUUACUCUUUGACUUGCACCAAAUGAAAGGGAACUUUAAAUUUUACUGGUCAGGAGCAUUUUACUGAACUAAGAAAGGGAAACUUACAUUAUCCUUGUUUUCGUUUCAAACCAAGAACUGAUACCGUAUUUUACUUAGAGUUUGACUACUAGGGAGAUCUGGGCAGAGUAAAGCAAGUCAGAUGUCAGCAAACGACUCUUCUCCCCCAUCCUUACAGAAGUUUUCCCCACCUACGUGUCAUGCUGCUGCACCACAGACCCCAUCUUUGUCUUCAAGUCCCCAGUCGGGGCUCUCCAGCCGACUCUCCAAUGGCAGUUUCAGUACCCAGAGCCUCACCAACUCCCGAGGCUCUAUGCAUGGGAUCUCCUUCCUUCUGCAGAUCGGUCUCACUCGAGAGACUGUCACCAUUGAAGCUCAGGACCUGUCCCUCUCUGCUGUUAAAGACCUCGUGUGCUCAAUAGUUUACCAGAAGUUCCCAGAGUGUGGUUUCUUCGGCAUGUAUGACAAAAUUCUCCUGUUCCGCCAUGACCUGAACUCAGAUAAUAUUUUGCAACGAAUUACAUCAGCAGAAGAGAUACAUGAGGGAGAUCUUGUUGAGGUUGUACUCUCUGCUUUGGCUACAGUUGAAGAUUUCCAGAUUCGUCCUCAUGCACUUUAUGUGCAUUCCUACAAGGCUCCUACUUUUUGUGACUACUGCGGAGAGAUGCUGUGGGGUUUGGUACGACAAGGAUUAAAAUGUGAAGGUUGUGGGUUAAACUACCAUAAGCGAUGUGCCUUCAAGAUUCCAAACAACUGCAGUGGAGUGAGAAAGAGGCGCCUGUCGAACGUGUCUUUACCAGGAGCAGGGCUUUCAGUUCCAAGACCAGCACAAGCUGAACACACAUCCUCUGCCUCUGAAGAACGUUGCUGCCCAGAACCUAGUAAGAGGAUUCCCUCUUGGAGUGGCCGCCCCAUCUGGAUGGAUAAGAUGGUGCUUUGCAGGGUGAAGGUCCCACACACCUUUGCUGUUCACUCUUACACUCGUCCCACCAUCUGCCAGUACUGCAAACGGCUGCUUAAGGGCCUUUUUCGCCAAGGAAUGCAGUGUAAAGAUUGCAGAUUCAACUGCCACAAACGCUGUGCACCUAAAGUACCUCGAGACUGUCUUGGAGAGGUUAUUUUCAAUGGAGAACCUGCUAGCCCAGGCCAGGAUUUGGAUAUGCCAAUGGAAGUUGAUAGCAGUGAAAUGAACAGUGAUGGUAGUCGAGUCCUGGAUGAUGCUGAAGAGCCCUCUCCUCCAGAGGACAAAAUCUUUUUUAUGGAUCCAUCUGACCUCGAUGCAGACAAAGAUGAGGAAGCUGUCAAAACAAUCAGUCCUUCAACGAGCAAUAAUAUUCCUCUCAUGCGAGUUGUACAGUCAAUCAAACACACAAAGAGGAAGAGCAGUACAAUGGUGAAAGAAGGAUGGAUGGUCCACUAUACCAGUAGAGACAACCUGAGAAAAAGACAUUACUGGAGACUGGACAGCAAAUGCCUCACACUAUUUCAAAAUGAAUCUGGAACAAAAUAUUACAAGGAGAUUCCACUGUCAGAAAUUCUCCAGGUGACUCAGCCUCGAGAUUUUUCACACGUGGUGCAGGGCAGCAACCCCUACUGUUUUGAGAUCAUCACUGACACGAUGGUGUACUUUGUUGGCGAGAACAAUGGCAGCUCUCAUCACAGUCCAGUUCUUGCUGCCUCUGGAGUUGGACUUGACGUAGCUCAGGGCUGGGAGAAAGCCAUUCGCCAGGCCUUGAUGCCAGUCACUCCUCAACCUAGCGUUUGCACUGCUGCAGGACAAGGAAAAGAUCACAAAGAAUUGUCUCUAAGCAUCUCUGUUUCAAAUUGCCAGGUCCAGGAGAAUGUGGAUAUCAGCUCCGUGUACCAAAUAUUUGCCGAUGAAGUGCUGGGUUCUGGUCAGUUUGGUAUUGUAUAUGGAGGAAAACAUAGGAAGACUGGAAGAGAUGUGGCUAUCAAAGUCAUUGACAAGAUGAGGUUUCCAACUAAACAGGAAAGUCAGCUUCGUAAUGAAGUAGCCAUUCUCCAGAAUUUGCACCACCCUGGGAUUGUGAACCUGGAAUGUAUGUUCGAAACCCCAGAACGGGUCUUUGUUGUGAUGGAAAAGCUGCAUGGGGAUAUGCUAGAGAUGAUUCUUUCCAGUGAGAAAAGUCGACUUCCAGAACGAAUAACUAAGUUCAUGGUCACUCAGAUACUUGUUGCUUUGAGGAAUUUACACUUCAAGAAUAUUGUGCACUGUGAUUUAAAACCAGAAAAUGUACUACUAGCGUCAGCAGAACCAUUCCCUCAGGUGAAGCUGUGUGAUUUUGGCUUUGCACGCAUCAUUGGUGAGAAGUCGUUCCGGCGCUCUGUGGUGGGCACUCCUGCCUACCUUGCCCCUGAAGUGCUCCGGAGCAAAGGCUACAACCGCUCCCUAGACAUGUGGUCAGUAGGAGUUAUUGUCUAUGUCAGCCUCAGUGGUACCUUCCCAUUUAAUGAAGAUGAGGAUAUCAAUGAUCAGAUUCAAAAUGCAGCAUUUAUGUACCCACCAAAUCCUUGGAAGGAAAUUUCUAGCGAAGCCAUCGAUUUGAUAAACAAUUUGCUUCAAGUGAAGAUGAGAAAACGUUUCAGUGUUGACAAAUCCCUUAGUCACCCAUGGUUACAGGAUUAUCAGACUUGGCUUGACCUCAGAGAAUUCGAAACGCGCAUUGGAGAGCGUUACAUUACCCAUGAGAGCGACGAUGCGCGCUGGAAAGAACACGCUUAUGAACACAACCUCGAGUACCCCCAGCACUUCAUUAUGGCUCCUAAUCCAGAUGACAUGGAAGAAGACCCUUGAUUUGUUCAUUAUGCUAAAUUGCAGCAAGGAAGGAUACUCCAGGCAGAAACUGAAGAUAAGUUUUGGAACAAGUAUUGCUCUUUCCAGAUGCUGUCCACAUAGAAGCCCCAGAGGAUCCUGCAUUGCCAUGGGAAUAGACUGUCGUCUGGCAAGCUUCUCUUCAUCCCUGACUUUUAACUCUGAGUAGCUUUUGGACAGUGGGAUACAAAGCCCACUUGUUCCCUGUUGGGGAACAUUUUACUGGGCUGGGUGGCUACAAAGCCAUUACCAAAGUGUAGUAUGUACAGACUGAAUGGUUUGUGUUUUUCAAGGGUUUUUGGUUUUUUUCAUAGCCUAAGCAGUAAGAGUUUUUUAUUAGUUUUCUAAUCUCUAUUUACUAGGCCAUAGAGGACUGUUUUCUGUUACUUAGAUACAUCUCCCAUUUCUCAAAC